AUGCUCCACCUCCUUGAUAAGUACAGAGCUGAGUUGGCACAGGAGGACUCAUUGAGUAGAGAUGUGCUGAGGGCACUGCGGCAACAACUUGAGAGUCAAGAAACAGAGACGGUGACUCCAGGGAACGCAUCGCGAGCAUCUGGAUUUCAGCUCCCUAAGAUGUCCUACAACCAACCAAGACCGGGCAGAAGCGAUAAUCAACAACAGUACCGGAGAACUGGGAGAUCCACCGCCGGCUACCAUCAGCAGCAACAACCUCACCAAUCUUCCCCCGCCGGUUACGGUAGGGGAGCUGCCACCGCUAACGUUGAUCCUUCCUCUAAUCGCAGUUUCAAGAAGCCUAGCAAUUCUUCUCAAGGAGGAGGGAAUCAGGCUAGGGUGAAUCAUUCAGUUCCUAACAAUCAUAAUGGUCCCACUGUUCAGUCUUGCUCUUCUCAAGGAGCGUCUGGUGAAUCAGUUACUGGUGGACCGGCCAGUGGAGCUAUUCCAAAGGGUCCAACUUCUCAGUCUCCCACCAUGAACACAGCUAAAGUCCCUGGAGACGCUUCUAAAGGAUUUGCUUUCCAAUUUGGGUCACUUGGUCCUGACUUAAUGAAGAUGCAGCAGGCUGCUGUAAGAACGGCCGCCCCGAAUUUACCAGCUUCGGUACCUAAAAAGGAUUUACCAAACAAGGCUGCAGAUAAUCAACUGAUGAGGAAAGAAGGGCACAAUCCAUCAAGUGAAAAAGCUGAUGUCCAUGUCCAACAUACACCACCUCCAAGUCAAACGCACAAGUCUCCACUUACGAAUAUCCGUAUGCCUUCGUUGCAGACACCUUAUCAGCAUCCUCACCCUGUGCAUUUCGGUGGCCCCCCAAAUAUGCACAUGCAGCGUCCCAAUGUGGCUCCAGCCUCCUUUCAGAUGCCAAUGGCAUUAUCUAUGGGCAAUACACCUCAGAUCCAGCAGCAGGUGUUUUUUCAAGGCCUCCCAUCACAUCCCAUGCAUCAUCAGGGUAUGAUGCAUCAGCCUCAGGGACAUGGUUUUACAGCUCCGAUAGGUGCUCAGAUUCAUCCUCAGUUGGGCCACGUGGGUGUGGUUGCGUCUCAUCAUGAACACGACUCGUAUCCUACCCCUGGAAAGGUUAUGGAUUGUCAAAGGAGUAGUGGUCGAUCAGAUCGUCGUCCCAGCACUAUAGUUGUUGAUGAUAGAUGGGCGAAGAAUCAGGAUCCUCAUCCUGCAGGAUAUGGAGGUUCCCGACCUAGUCAAGGAGGAAACUCAGGAGUUAUAAGAAAUCCUCGUAUGCAGGGACCUGUUAUGUCUAGACCGAUGCGACAUGUGGGUCCUAUGGGAGGAAUGGGUAGAAACACUCCCGACUUAGAAAGGUGGCAACGUGGUUCAGAUUUCCAACAAAAAGAACUUUUUCCUUCUCCGCAUACUCCUAUGCAGGUGAUGCACGAAGCCGAGAGAAGAUACCAAGUAGGUACAGUUGCAGAACAAACAAAACAAAAGAAAUUAACGGGCAUCUUGAACAAGUUGACUCCGCAAAACUUUGAGAAACUGUUGAAGCAAGUUACAAGUAUCAACAUUGACAACGCUGUUACGCUUAUUGGUGUAGUUUCACAGAUAUUUGACAAAGCCUUGAUGGAGCCAACCUUCGGUGAGAUGUAUGCAGAGUUAUGUUUCCAUCUGUCUGGGGCGUUACCUGAUUUUAAUUGGAAUGGUAAACGAAUUACCUUCAAAAGAUUGCUUCUCAAUAAAUGUCAGGAGGAAUUUGAGAGAGGAAAGAAAGAAGAGGAGGAAGCCAGUAGAGUUGCUGAAGAAGGACAAACUGAGGAGGAAAGGGAAGAGAAGAGACUAAAUGUUCGGAAGAGAAUGCUCUGUAAUAUUAGACUUAUUGGUGAGUUAUACAAGAAAAGGAUAUUGACUGAGAAGAUCAUGCACGCAUGCAUCCAGAAGUUGCUCGGGUAUGAUCAGGAGGAUCCACAUGAAGAGAACAUAGAAGCUCUGUGUAAACUAAUGAGUACGAUAGGAGUUAUGAUCGAUCAUCAUAAAGCUAAGUCGGAUAAAACAGAUGAGAAGAUUGGGGUUACAAGGGGGGGUGGUGGUAACGAAGAGAUGAAGGAUUUGGGGAGAUCAAGCUUGCUCAAAUGUUCAGAAUAUGGUGGAGAAAACUGGGUUUCUGAUGGGAAGGGAUGUGUCUGGUUCGGUUUUGAAAUGUUGUGUACGUCUAGAGAUGUGGGAGUUAGUGAAUCAGUGAGCUAUAUAUUCAGAAGACACCCAGACAUAGCAUUAGGUUUCCGUCCAAAGAAUCAACAGAUCAGAAGAGCUUACAUGAAUGAACUCCUUAGUCUCAUGGAGAUGUUGUGUCAGUCACCAGAGAAGCUUUCCCAGGUUGAUCUGAACAAUGCUGAUGACACACUAUCUGAUAUGGUUGUCGGUUGA